UUAUCGUAAAACGAUAAUGAUCGGUCUAAGUGACAUAAUCACAGUUCUACCCUUAUUUUUGCUUCAUUUCUGCUUUUUUGGCAUAACAAAGGGUGAUAUUCGUUGUCCGAAAAUGCCAUCCGGAGUUGAUUUGUAUUGUGCAACUGCUUGUUGCAUUAGCAACGAGGGAAUUGGGCAUGGUUAUUACUGCUGCGACAGUCCAAAUGGGAUUAAGUCACCGACUACUCGAGUUGAACGCUUUGUAGCAGCAUACACUCCGGGCACUUUUCAGAUUGAUUAUACACUGUUGGUGUUGGGUCUGAUUAUUUCUAUUAUACUAUCAGUGUUAUUGUCGUUUUUCUGUUGCUUGCUAUGUAAUGGUUGUUGGCUUCAUAGGCGCAGGAACCCUCAUAUGUACGAAAAUGUGAAUGAUGAUGGAUUCUAUCCAAUCUGUUGUGGUUUUGGGAUACCCAUGGGGACGGGUAGUUUUACAUUCAUUCAUAUCAGUUGCCUUCCCUCAAUUUUUAGUUGUCUUCAGUACGCAUCCACCUCAGUUUAGAGGGGAUGAAAUGUAUGGAGGAUCAUCACUUAGCGGUGCAAGUAGAGGUCGCGUUCGUUUUAAUG